ACACGACCGUCGCAAUCAGCUGUGCCAGUGUCCAUCGACUCGGUGCCGAAAUUCAAACUGGGAAAAAAUCAAUAGGCCGCCGGAUCGAUAAAUUUGACAACGGUAACGCGAUUUAGAGUCGUCUUCUCAUAAGACACGAAAAUGAACGGUCCUCAUUUGAGCAGGGGCUCGAAACAACCCUCUCCACCGCCGAAAGGCAAACUGCGCCUGUACAGCAACAGAUUUUGUCCCUAUUCGCAAAGGGUGAUCCUGGUGCUGGAUGCGAAAAAAAUAGCGUACGACGUCGUAAACAUUAAUUUAUACAGCAAACCGGACUGGUAUUACGACAAAAGUCCAUACGGCAAGGUCCCGGCGUUGGAAGUCGAAAACGGCGACGUCAUCUACGAAAGUCUCAUAAUCGCCGACUACUUGGACGACAGAUACCACGCUCAUCAACUUCACAACAAAGAUCCCUUGCAAAAAGCCAAGGACAGACUGCUGAUAGAGCAGUUUAACAGGGUGGUGAACACGAUGUACAGGGUGUUGACAAACGUCGGCAGGAUCGGUUUGGACGACGACGAGGCUAUCGCGAACGGACUGUCCACGUUCGAACGCGAAUUGGCUAACAGGGGUAGCCAGUUCUUCGGCGGCAAUAAACCGGGUAUGCUCGACCUUAUGAUCUGGCCGUGGUGCGAACGUGCGGACAUCUUAAAAAUAUUCGGCAACCAGAAUCUACUUAAGAAGGAGAAAUACGCGAAAUUGAUGGAUUGGAGUCAAAGGAUGUCCGAGGAGUCGGUGGUGCGCAGGAGCAUGAUGGACUCGAUCACGCACGUCAGAUAUUUGCAGUCGUACAGGGCCGGCAUGCCUGACUACGACAUGAUUUUGAACGCGUCAGACUAACCUGCGCAUUUUUUAUUAACUUUCUAACCGCCUACCAAAUGUACUUACGUUGCGCAUUGAAACUUUUCCGUUGGCACGGUGAGAAUGUGUUUUGUUACUAUGUAUAUCACGAGAUAAUAAAUACUAUUCUACGUUUCUUAACUU